AUGCCUCCUAAACAUCAUGAUUCAGAUGAAGUAUUAUCGGAUGAUGCAGAUGUUUAUAGCGCGGCAAGGAGUGGAAGUUCAAGAAGGAUAGCUGGCGGUGGUAGAUCGACAACCACAAGAAGAACAUCAGAAAAUGGACAAGAUGGUGCAACGAAAAGAGCGGCAGAUAUAGCUGCAAAAGCCAAAAAAACAUCAGGAAAUGCAAAGGAUAAAGGGUACGCAUGGGAAGCAACAUAUAAAAGAAGUUGGGAUGCCGUUCGAGAAGAUGCUGGAGGAAGUCUGGCAGGUGCAGUUCGUGGUUUAUUGGAAGCAAGCAAGAGGAGGAGGACAUUGCACGACUCAGCACCUGUACAACGUGGUAUCAUCCGACACUUGGUGCUCAUCUUGGACUUGAGUGAAAGUAUGUUGGAGAAAGAUUUACGUCCUAGUAGAUUUCUUUUGACAUUACAAUAUGCACGGGAAUUCGUUUCGGAAUAUUUUGAUCAAAACCCAAUCGGACAAAUGAGCAUCUUGGCAACCAGAGAAGGUGUUGCAGAAAGAGUGACCAGCAUGAGCGGUAACACUGCCGAACAUAUCGAAUCAUUGCAAUCCCGCAAAUUGACACCAAAGGGUGAGCCAUCGCUGCAAAAUGCAUUGGAAAUGGCAAGAAGCAAUUUAGCACACUUGCCAUCAGCGAAUUCUAGAGAAGUCCUGGUGAUAUUCGGAUCACUGACGACGUGCGAUCCUGGGAAUAUUCAUGAUACCGUUUCCACGCUGGCAAAGGACAACGUUCACGUCAGUAUGGUAUGUCUAGCUGCCGAAGUCAAAGUAUGCAAAGAAAUCUGUAAGCGAACGCACGGCAAAUAUGGAGUCUCGAUCGAUGAAGGACAUUAUCGUGAUUUGUUAUUCGAUCACAUCAAUCCACCAGAGGUGGAAGCAAAUGAUCGAAGACGAACGACAAAUCAAGAUGAAGAUGACGAAUACGAUGAAGGUGUAGAUUUGAUGCAAAUGGGCUUCCCAGCAAGAUUGCCGACGAAUAAUGCACCAACAUUAUGUGCUUGUCAUAACCGACUAAAGAGUGGUGGAUACGUUUGUCCUCGUUGUUUGGUCAAACUAUGUGAUGUUCCUACCGAUUGUCCUGUUUGUGGUCUCACUGUGGUCAUGAGUACCCAUCUUGCCAGAUCAUACCAUCACUUAUUUCCAGUUCCAAACUAUAUUGCCAUUGGAUGGAAGCAGCUACAAGGUGCCAAACAAAGUGCAUGCUUUGGAUGUGCUGCAUCUUUCGAGCCACUUCCUGACACUUAUGCACUAAAUUCAAACGGUGAAUCGAACGCAAAUGCCACCACAAAUGGAGAUUCAACAGAGCAACCUGCAAACGUGGCUUCAAGUGGACGAUAUGAAUGCCCAAAAUGUCGUCAUCACUUUUGCCUUGAAUGCGAUGCAUUCAUUCACGAAAGCUUACAUCAAUGCCCUGGAUGUCAAUAA